AUGUCCGCCAUAGCCCUCCUCGAAGCCUGGAUGAAGGAGCAGAAACUAAAGGGUCCUCAAAUGAAAAAUGCGCCGACUUUCUAUCGCAACCUCGAGGAAGCCCUCGACGUCCGAAGAACCGACCAUGCGAUGUUUACGAGAACAAAGAGUGCCUGGAAAUUCGGCGACGCUGUCGAUUUCUGCUCCAAUGAUCUUCUGUCGUUGGGAGCCACCGGAAAGAUUCGAGAAGCCUUUCUUAACGAACUAGCGGCUCACCCUAACUUCGAACUAUACGCCGGGGGUUCUCGUCUGAUGGACGGCAAUUACGAUUACAUCGAAGAGACAGAGCAGCAGAUUGCCAAUUUUCACGGGGCCGAAACUGCACUGAUCGUUGGAUCUGGCUACGAAGGGAAUGGCGCUAUCUACAUGGCAAUCCCGCGGCCAGGGGAUGCCAUUGUAUAUGAUGAAUUAGUCCACGCCAGCACACACGAUGGAAUGGCCAGCUCCUUAGCCCUAGUUAAGGUUGCGUUUCGUCAUAACGACGUGGAUGCGCUCCGAGAAGUUUUGACAUCCGUGAUAGACUCUCAACCCAUGAUAAGAGAUGGAUCGCGGUCCAUCAUUAUCUCCUUGGAAUCGGUAUAUAGUAUGGACGGAGACGUCUGCCCUUUGAUUGAGAUGAUCGACGUGGCCAAGGAAGUUUGUCCCAAAAGAAAUGUGGUUUUUAUCGUUGACGAAGCCCACGCCACCGGGAUCAUAGGCCCUAAAGGGGCAGGUCUCGUCCGCGCUUUGGGCGUGGAAAAGGAGAUCGCCGUUCGACUCCACACAUGUGGAAAAGCACUGGCUUCAACUGGUGCCGUCAUUCUUGGGAAAGCUACAGUUCGCGCUGCAGUGAUGAAUUUCGCCCGGUCCAUUAUUUACACUACGGCUCCAUCCUUUCCCACGGUCGCGGGAAUCCGGGCAGCGUAUAACAUGAUGAUGUCGGGAGCGACAGAAGAGGCCCAAAAAAAUAUCCAACACCUCGUCAACCACUUCUUCACAACCAUAACUUCGAAUGACAUUUGGCUUAAGGCCAGCGAGAAGGGUGUUUUGUCAAUUCCUAUAAUGGAUGCUUGGGAAACGCAAGAAUUCCAUACCCAUAUCGUGCCAGUAUGGACUCGACAGCGCUAUAACUGGUGGCUUGUUUUCCACCUACAGUUAUCAGGUAUAUCUGCAUUCCCCAUCGACUAUCCCACCGUACCCAAAGGUCAAAGUAGAAUUAGGCUCAUGUUUCAUGCUGCGAAUACGGAAUCCCAGGUGGAGUUCCUAGCUACGACGAUCUGUAACUGGGCGAAGGAGAUGAUCGAUAUUGAGGAAGGAACUGAUAAUCAAGGGAAGAUACCGAAAGCAGCGCAGCAGGUUUAUGCUUUGAUGGCUACUGCUAAGUAA